AUAAUCUUAUAAUUGAAUGGCUACUUUCUGUAUGUCCUCGCCUCCUAUUUAUAUAAAUGCAUUCACCUCUAAUGUUCGUCUUCGUCGUUUCGCAUGCAAAUCAAUGACCAAAAUGAAGUCGGAUGAUGUUUCUAUUGACCUCUGCCGACGCUCCGGUAAUUACCAACCUUCUCCUUGGGACCAUCAUUCACUCCUCGCGAUCACGAACAAAUAUGCGAACUAAGAGAAUAUGUUAAUAGUGAUCGUAAUAAUGAAACUUACAAGACACGUGAGAAGGCGAUCCAUGCUUUAGAAAUGCCGUACCAUUGGAGAAUGAGACGGCUGGAGACAAGAUGGUACAUAGAUGCAUACGAAAAGAAACAUGACAUGAAUCUUGCCUUGAUGGAACUCGCCAAAAUUGAUUUCAAUAUCGUACAAGCUUCUCACCAAGAAGAACUCAAAUACGUUUCCAGCUGGUGGAAGGAGGCAUGUUUAAGUAAUCAACUUCCCUUUGUAAGAGAUGGAAUAGUCGAGAAUUACUUUUGGAACGUUGGAAUAAUAUAUGAACCUCAAUUUGGAUAUACACGACGAUUCAUGACUAUAAUUAGUGCACUUAUAAUAACCAUUGACGACAUCUACGAUAUUUAUGGCACUCUUGAAGAACUUGAACUCUUCACUGCCAUGGUUGAUAAUUGGAACGUAAAUGGUCUUGAUGAGCUCCCCGAGUACAUGAGGCUGUGUUUUCUUGUCUUGUACAAUGAAAUCAAUGGCAUUGGAUGUGAUAUUCUCAAACAUAAAAAUAUCAACGUCAUUCCUUUUCUCAAAAAAUCAUGGACAGAUUUAUGUAAAGCAUAUCUAGUGGAAGCAAAAUGGUACAAAAGAGGUUACAAACCAAGCUUGGAAGAAUACAUGCAAAAUGCUUGGAUAUCAACAUCGGUUCCAGCGAUGUUAAUCCACUUUUACUGCGUUUUCUCUGACCAAAUCUCAAUUCAAAUAUUGGAAUCUUUGUCUGAACACCGACAAAAUGUCGUCCGAUGCUCCGCCACCGUCCUCCGUCUAGCUAAUGAUCUUGCAACUUCGCCGGAUGAAUUGGCGAGAGGAGACGUGCUCAAAUCGGUCCAAUGUUACAUGCAUGAGACAGGAGCAUCUGAGGAAGAGGCACGUGGUCACGUGCAGCAGAUGAUCAGCGACACUUGGAACGAAAUGAAUUACGAAGCAAAAAUUGCAUUACUCCCUCGAGGUUUUGUGGAGGCCACAGUGAACCUGGCACGCAUGUCGCAGUGCAUAUAUCAACACGGUGAUGGUCAUGGACGUCCAGACAAAGCCAAGACUGUUGAGCGUGUCAUGUCCUUGUUUGUUAGUCCAGUCCCGUUGGGUUAACUUAAAACAUAAUUAAAUUUACAUUUUAAACCAGUCAAAAGCAUAUAUACAAAAUCAGUAGAUAAGGUGAUACACUCUAAGGCUUAUUCAAGCAACACAAUUCCAUCCAAGUUUAAACUUUAGACCAAUGCAAAUCAUAAGGUCCAUUUUAUGAUAAUGCAACCUUUUAAUUUCAAAUC